AUGAAUGAUGGCGCGUCCUCGCAUAAUACUUUGAUGACCUCCAACGGCCCGAUAUCUGGUGUCUCUACCGAAGGGCCGAAGGUGUUGUGGUGCACCUGGAGGCGUGGUCAAUCGGACCGACUCUAGCCUCUCUGCGCAUCCUACGUCGACGGACGCUCUCUCGUCACUCUCUCGCCGCUCCGCCCACUUUCUUCUCUUUCAUGCCCUCGCCAUCGUCAUGUUCUCUCCAUCUCGUUCUUUUCCUACUCAACUAGCCGUUUUUUUCAGUUUUUUUUUCUUUCCAACGGCUUCAGUGCAGCUAUUUUGGGUUUUUAGCGUUCCUAGAAGUUUUCGAGGACAUUUUUUCAUGAUCUGACCUUGUACUUGUUUUUUUUUGUUCUAUUUACUCACCCUAUUUACUCAAAUCCAGAAGUUUAGUCGCAACCUCGAGCGGAGUAUGUUAUUUUUUCAAUAGAUGAAUUUUAUUUCUUAGCUUUUUUGCUUGGUUGCAUUUGCAAGCUUCUCCUUUAUCCGUAUCACAUUUCCACGGAGGGAUUAACCGCGCAAUUUGUCUCUUUUCAUAUUCUUGUCUCCUAUUUUUUUUUUUUAAAUAUUAAAAAAAGACGAUGAUUUUUUUUUUCGCAACAUCUAGGCCUCGUGUUGCGUUUACAUUACACUGCGUUAUCAAGCGAUAAGCGAGAUUCGUUCCCAACGACGUUUUUAGUUCGAUUUUAACUCUUUUUUUAAGGAACAAAAGCUAUUAAGUGUACGAAAUUCCUUUAAAUAAAAAAAAUAUUAGUUUGUUCCGAUAUUUCUAUUUUUGAAAUACAAAUUUUUCAAAAUCUUCUCUUCCGCAGUUUUUCAGUUUUCCAAAUCGGCCUUCAUCCUUUAUUGAAAAGAUUUUUAUCGCCCAUUUCGACCUUGAAACUCGAAAAAUGACUCAUUCACCUCAAAAUCGAAACUCCAAUCAAAUUACGUCACUCGAUUGAGCUUAUUCCUCGCUUUGUCAGUCACGAGAAGCUUUCGAUUUGAAAAAAAAAGGAAAAGCAACGGCGCCAUUCACUUUUUUGCAACAACUCAUCUGGUUUUGGGCGCUGAUUUAAGAGCUAAUGCGUAAAAAAGUGAAAGCCCCGCCGUUUCUCAUUCUUAAACAAACGUUCUGCCAAAAGAAAAAAACAUCCAAACCUUUUCUAACUGUUUACUUCCAAAUCUUCAAAGGUAUCGGCAAAAGUUCUUUCAUUAAAAAAUAUCUUUCUUCUUUUUCCGCAAAAUGCCGGCGGCAAAACGCCUCCUAGGAAAUAUACUUCUACGCAUUCACACUCGCACAUUCAUUUUGUGUGAAGAAGUCGUGCCAGGAGGAAAUCCCAACGCACUUGUAGUCGUCGGAGCGUAUUUAGUAGUUCCGAAUCGAGAGCUGGACGGCUUUGAACGCGCAGGAAAUUGGAGCAAUUUUCAGGUCAUUUGCACGUUUAAGCCGUUCAGUUGAAUCCUGGUUCUCCCAAGUUUGGCCACUGAAUAAUUUUUAUAGAUUUUGACUUUUGCAACAGCGGAUUUCCGGAGCUCUCUUCAUUCUUUUAUCUUUUAUAACGUGGCCUCCAUAGACUUCAGUUAAAAGUCAUUCUAAAGAUAGCAUUUAAAGCUUUUAAACUACGAGUUUGAACUAAUUUGAUCUUUUUCAUCAUGGAGCUACUGUAGAAGUGCGCAUGUGCAAACACCGCUUCAUAGAACCAUACGCAUUUUAUCUGACGCCUCAUCUUUUCCUUCUAUGAAUUUUAUCCUCGUUUAUCGUUUUCGAUCCUUUUUUCAAUAAUGUAUACUUCUUUUCUCAUUGAUAUUGAUUUUCUUCUCAAUUUUAUCUUCUCGAAUUUGUUUAUUUAUGAGACCCUCAUGCGAAAAGAUCGUCCAAAUAAAGAAACAGAUUGAGAGAAACAAGCUUCUAAAUUUAUUCAUACACUAGUUUUUGGCGCAAUUUUUGCCACUUUAUUUUAUUGCAUUGGCAGGAGGAAAUAGCUAUAUUUUAAACUAGGAUUUCGAAGUUCAUUGCUUUGCGCACCUUGCUUUUUUGCUCGAACAAAACAUUUUUUUGUUCGUUCCGUGAAAAAGGGGUUCCAUAUUUUGAAUUUAAUUUUAUAUUCUUUUUUUCUUAUCGAAAAAAAUGAAAAUGUGCGUCUCAAACUCUUUCAUUUGAAAUCUAGUGCGUUAUUUGUUGAUUUUGCUUCAUUUUCUUUUUGCUAAUGAUUGUGUUGAUGAAAAACAAAAAAAAAUCGGUGAGCGUUUAUGCAAUUUUUUCUUGAAAAUUUUGUGUUUAAACUAAUAUGUUCUUUCUUAUCUAAUCGAGUUCAACUUUUCUUUAGAAAUAGAAGGAAAUCGUUUCAAUUUUUUUUUCGUUGGCAAUGAUUUAUUCAGUGAAAUUUCUGGUUGGACGCCUCAUUUGCCCUCUUCUACUAUCAUUUGUGUGGCCUUUUCGUAUCCAAUUUUUUUUCGCUUUUUUGAGAUUUAUUGAGUUACAAAUCAGCUUCAUUACAGUGCUCCGACACUCGUGGUGCGAAACAGCCGGCAAAAUCAGUGCACCACCCAUUAAAACCGCGAAAAAGACCAUAAGAAAACAGCGAAAAAAGAACAAAAAGCCAUUGCCAAAAGAGUCCCCCAAGCCCCUCAAAGCGUUCUGGAGGACGGACGACUUGCAGCAACUCGACUACGAAGACGCAAGCCAACGCGACGGCUCCAACUUGCGUGUUCGCGUCAGCGAUGGACGACACGACGCCGAAGCUGACGUGCGCGUGCGACUCCUCGACAGAAAUGACCACGCGCCGACGAUUCACGGCGUCAGCGAGCUCAACAUUCGCGAAGACGUCCUUCCAGGCCACGUUGUCGCCAAGUACACGGCGACGGAUCGCGACGCCAACGACACGACCAGGUGAGGGGCUUUCAAAGUGGGGGCUCUGGCUGGCGGUGGCGCUAGUUCUUGUGGUGCCUGCAACGGCUUUUGGCGAUUUGUCGCUGCCUUUCGGCCUCGAGCAAUCCGUGGCUAAGUCGCGGUUUUCGUCUCUGAUCGGCGGCGUCCGCGCCAGGGAUAUUCACGUCUUCGUCAUGAAGAAUAUCAGCGAAGACACGCCGGUCGGAACUGUGCUAGACACGUUCAAGGCCCACGAUCCUAGCAAUCCAAUGUACAACUUUACGUGAGUUUUUUUUUUCAUAUAGAAAAUAUUCAAUUUUUGCUGUGCUUUUUUUCCGACCCAACUUUUGAGAACUGCUAUUUUAUGGGAAAUACGAGAAGUCUUUUUUUCGUGGGUUUUUAAUCGUUUUUUUGAGAUAUGUGAUGAUCAAUGAGUUAACCUUUUCACCCUCUCUUCUAUUGGUGAUGAUUUCAGCGAGUAAGGAGAUUUGAGUAUUCAUAGGUUUUUUUUUGUCCUUUCUUCGCGCUCGUAAAUCCUCUGACGGAUCAUUUUGUGACAUUUGAUUGUGCGGGAGAAAGCUCAUUCUGUUGGUAUAUGCAUAUGCGCGGAGAGAGCUCCGUUUUGUGAGCUUUUGUGUGCUCAAUGUAUAGAAAGACGUGCGGCCGGCCGAUGACCUCGUGCCGGUAUAUCGUAUAAAUCGUCUGGCGGUUUGGAUAUGAAAGGGAUAUCGUUGUGGUUAUGAUUCUGAGACUUGUUUGGUUUUCAAUGAGCAAACCUUUUCAAUUCUUUUUAGCUUUCAAUCAUUUUGGAUUAAUCAAACGUCAUUUUUCGAAUCUCUUUGUUACUUCCAUUUUUUCACUAAUCUUAGUUUUUAAAAAAGGACUUUUAUAGCUUCUUUUUCGCAAAAUUUGACGGAUCUGUCGGAAAACUGUAUAAAAAAGGAAUGCCGUUCGGAAAAAAUGACAAUAAGUGAUCCGGAAACGAAUGGAGCCGACUGGCAGGAGCCGACGUGACCUGUGUGUCCUUCUGCCGAAAACGUCAACGAGCGGAGGUGCCAUUAAGGCUCGUUCAAGGUCUUCUUAGGAGUCGCCGGUCUGUGUGUGUCCAGUGCUCUCCGCUAUUUCUCCUGCUCUUUUUGAGGCUCUCGUUUGAAGAACCCAAGGCGUUCCCUAGGUCUCGUAUAACGCAGACGCUGGACUCUCAUUUGCAUAUAGGUUGACUUCUUUUAUGUGAAGACAUGGUUUUCCCAUGAUUUUUAAUCCGAAAGCAACCUUGAGCGCUUUGACAACUUUAGUGUCCCACUGGGAAGGUGAAGAACGAGUUGAUGGGGACCGAAAAAACUUCUUUUUUUCAACCCACUUCAUAAUGGUGUAAACGGAAGCGGAUAUUUUGGACUGAAAUCUCGAGCUCGGCGUGAAAUUCUUCGCAAAGUGUACACCAAAAACGAAACUUCUCGCGUAGGUCCAUCUAUUUGUCCAUUUCCUCGCUUCGUAGAGCUUCAUCUCGCGCAAAUAGCUUUUUGCUGCCCGGUGAGAAGUAGAAGUAGACAAUUUCGAGGAAGAAGAGCGGCGAUGAUGAUCUACUAGCUUGUGUGAAUUGGCUAUAAGUUGAUUUGCGACGCGGGGAGAGUGACCCUCGGCUAGUUUUUGAAGACACGCAUGAUCGGACCCAAGCACGCUAGAUGUUUUUUUUUUCUCUUUGAUGACUGCCAGACUUAAUUUAUUGUAAGCACGCCGGCCUACUUGAGCUUCUUAAAGUUUCGAGGGGCAGUUAGAUGUAUUAUUUGUGUAAAAGUUCUCUUCACUGUUAUAAGUCAAUUUCCUCGCACUUCCGACGCGAUGGCACUUGAAAGAAACACGUUAUAUUGAUUUAAACGGGCCUUUUUAGGCGACGUAGUUCAUUGAGGCGAUGCUGCAAAAACUUUGGGACGAAAAAGAGAUUUCGCCUUCCUCUCUUAUACUACUGCUGUCCUUUUUCGGAAGGGCAAAAGCUCGAUGCGAGGCCGCUUGGAUUUACGCACCUCUUUAGCUGCAGUGUGGAGUAAAACGCCGGCAAAACACACGAUUGUUGCAUUGGAAUCGAAUUUGCUGGCAAUGGGGCUCCUAGUCUCGUUUUUGAGAAUUGGACGUUUCCUGGUCUGUCCGCAGGGAUUUUCCAAUCCUGAAAAAACGACUCGGUUAAAUCAGACAAUGAAAAAAGAUAAGAAUCUUUUUCAACUUAAUCUUUGACCAAAAUCGGCACGAAAAAUGUUCGUUUCGAUGGGUUCUGCUCUUUUUGAUACAAUCUGGGCCAUUUUUUGCUUUGAAAGCGAUGACGUUACCUGUUUGCUCAGGAGCUUUUUAAGAGGUUGUGACCUCAAAUGGAAAAGGAUGAGCAAUCGAUCGAUAGCCUUGCUCGGUUUGUAUGUUUGCUCAAGGUGUUGGUGAUGCGUAGGUGGCAUAUGCAGGUGGAAUUUGCCGUUCUUUCUUCUUCUUCGUCUUUUUUGAACGCAGUUGACUCUGCUCUGAGUCAUCUUUACGUUUUGAACGGAGCUCCGGCCGUACAACAUUUUUUACAAUGAGAACGUCGAGUGCUAUCACCGUUAUCAGUGAGAGAAGCGAGAUAAAAACAAAAGAGCCGAGUCGUUAAAUUGACGAGAAGACAUGUUUGAUCGCUGCGGUGGCCUUUUGCCAUGCUGGGAAACUGUUUUUUCUUGCUCGUUAUUCCAGGAGAAGAAAGGAUUGCGCAAGAUGUGGCGAUGAGAAAGUUUUGGUCGUAUACGUCGAAGGAGGCGCCUUUUUUUUUUUUGGCAGACGAACAUGGGUCGACCGUUCGCAGCUGGGUGUCUUCCCACGUCUCCGUCCUCUUCUUUCGGCGGAGGUUACGCUACAACGAUGUAGCGGCGGCGUCGGAGGUGGAAAAGGCUGAUGACCCCGAUCUGGAAUUAAGAUUUGCAUCAACCAACCAUCCGCCAAUAACGCAUAAUUCGAAGCGACGAGGGAAUUUCGUCUGUCACUGAGAUUCACCAUGCAUUUUGAUUGCUGUCAAAUUUACAUUUGUCUGAAAUCAGAAGAAAAGUCGACUCAUCCACAGCUUAUUUGUUUGAAACUCGACGGAAUGUGUCAUUUUUCGAAGAUUUCAAUUGGUUCUCACGAUGAGAGGAAGUGCGGAAACAAUUGACACAAGCCGGCGUGAAGUCCGCCGUGGCUCCCAGAUGUUUGUGUAAGCAUUAGCCGUCCUCGCCGCACAGUAAAGACACACUGUUCUCGUUGGAUAUUUUGACAGGGGCGGUUUCAUUGAACCAUGCCAAAAAGAAAAUGACUUUGCCGCCGGUCAUUUUUGUUUGAUUCGAGCAUAUUUACUUGACAAAGUGGACAAAGGCCAAAACUCGGCACAUGGGCGACUGUAAAGUAGGUCGACGCGUGUAGUAUUUGACAAUAGGAACCUACAGUCGCGGCGUAUGCAAAUUCCACCUGGGCGCACUUGAGAAUUUCGUGGUGAAUUGCGAUUCCUUGAGCUAUUCAAUGCCGUUCGAAGUCGAUUGGCCGUGAAUCGAACGGCCUGAAUACCGUUAACAUUUAUGGCCGAUUUAACAUUCGACCCCGGUCCUGUGAAUAGCCAUUUUAUUGCUUAAAGUGACUUUUGGGAAUUUCUCGACCAAGAAGUUAUCUAAACCUGUUCACAAGGAAGGUCAUUAUAUUCAAAAAAUCGAAAACAAGUGCAAAAUGGUUUUUCGAAGGCCCCAGGUUUCACUCUUCGAAGUUCUAUUUUCUUAAUUAGUAAAGCGAGGCAUUCUUUUGAAAAAAAAAAGAAGGAAAUUUGAGUUGGAAGUGUGCAUAUUUACUUGAAAAAAUUAUAGCCAAUUUUUUUUUUUGAAAUUUUAAGUUGUGAGAACAUUCACUUUCCUUGUCUUUUUGUCAAAUCUACGAUGAGGAUUUCGUUUUUCUUCCCACGACCUUGUCUCGCUUUGUCAGAUCAACACCUGAUUUGCUGAUUUGCAUCUGAAUGUGGAGAUAAUGAUAAGGUUUUGUGAGCCGUAUCGCUUUCCGCUGACCAAACACAUGGCACGCCGGACAAUUGCUGAUAAUUACCACAUUGAGAGGGUCCAUAUGUGUUGUUCUACUCUGGAGUUCCGACCGAAAACGAGGUUGCAAUCCGCAAAAGGCCUCCUCCGUUUGACAUGGUAAUUGAGGGCUAUGACAACCAGCACGUGGCGGAAUUUGAGCGCUGUACUUUGGGAAAGAACGGGGUUAGGCUUCUUUUUCUGAGAGGAUCGUCCAGGUUCUAUCUAACUAAUAGUAUGUUAGUCGUUUGUUUGAGGGGCAACGGGCGAGAAGAAAAAAUAGCUGAGAAAAUGAAUUACUUGAAGCUGUAUCCGGAUAGUUAUAUUUUUCUGGAUCAUUUUCUUUUUUAAAUUAAUUUCUAAGCUUUUUUCAAACUUAAGAGUGAGCUCUUGUGGCCUUUUUCUAUGCUCCGGCUACAGGACUUCUGGAGGUCAGAAGAUACCUUUUUUACGCUCCGAUGUUUUACCAACUUUUCGUCAUAUAAGUUGGGUGACACGAAAUCUGCUCGUCGGAGCAAGCGUUACCGAAGGUGUUUUGAAGGCGGCCGACCCACUUGGAACCUUUGGUCGUCAAGUGGACCCCUCCUCGAUGGUUCGCCUUCAACCGGUGUGUGCUACAUCAACACAAACACACGCGGCAUUGCGCUUUGUUGUCGAGUUGCUUCGGCUUCCUUAUGUGUGUCAUCCGAUUCGAUUCAACGCGCCAUUGUUUGAAACAAUUGUGUCUUUUUUUUUAAAUUUUUUUCAAAAAAAAAAUCUCUGGAAAAUUCGGCUGUGAACUGGCUGCGCUUGCGUGCCUUCAAAAUCCGAGAUUUGAAAAAAAAAGUUUCUCUGGAAAAAAUACUGGUUUGAUGGGCCUCUGGACAAGUUGAGAUCGCAAGUGCCGAAUCCAAAAGACAAUGGUUGGUUAAUCUCCUCCGGAACCCUCUGUACUUUGCCGAAAAAAUGCGUCAUCGACACCGCCUCUGUGAUUUAGAGCCUUGUUGGAGGGUCACCUCUUUCUUUUUUUUUUUUGGUUGAAACUCGCCUCCAACCAUCUUCGAGUAACGCUUCUACCAUUGCCGUCGCGACAAAUUGAGUCAUUGUAGGAAUAAAUUUGUUUUCGCUGUUGUGCGCCGCUAACCAAAUCGGUUAUUGAGACGAAAUGAAGAGAAGUACGUAUUAAUGAGUGGAUUUCCGGUUGGAAACCAGCGGGUUCUCUUUUAAUUGAUAAUUGUCUUCUCUCUAGGUUUUUAGGCGUAAAUAUUCGAAAGAGAGUCAAUUAUCAAAGGUUUAGUGAAAACUUCAUGAAUCUAACUUCAAAAUCUUGGAAAAUAAAAAAAUAAUAGUGACUAUAAUUUUGGGACGAGACAGGUGUGAAAAGUUUACCUGCACACGUACAUGUUGGCUAUUUGUUCUCGGUUGUCUGACCAGUGCGUAUCGAAUGUCAGUCCCAUGCAAUUGUUUGUUGCUGGACGGACGAUGCAAUCACAAAUAAUUGGGGAAAUUCGAGAGGAUUGAACUUGAGGGAUUUUCCACUGAAUUUACAAAGUAUUUUCCAGGUUCCGAAUCAACCGACAGUCGGAUCCGAAGCGACAGUUCACGAUCGACCAGGAUGGAACUUUGAAAGUCGCCCAUCGACUCGACCGCGAGGACAUCGCCGUUUACAACCUUAUCAUUGAGGCCUACGAUGCUUGUUAGUAGUUCAAAUUCGCAAGGAUGAAGAAAUUAUUUUUCCUAAAAAAAGAAACUAGAUCUCCUUAAAAAUUUUUUUAAAAUUUAAUUUAAGGCCGCCAGAGUUAGUGCAACAAAUUAUAAUUUCUUGCUUUUUCAAAAGCUGUUAGAGUAAGCAUUGAAAAAGGUCUUUUAGAAGUUCAAAAUUUUGUAACUUGUCAUUUUGAAUAAAAUUGUGAAUUUUUACUACUUUUCCUGAGAACUUAUUUUGAAUCUCUGAAAUACUUUGAAGGAUGGUUUGAAAAGAGAAGAUCUCUCAGGAGAAACUUCUGAGAAGGCUCAGGAAUACAAAUUUAAAAACUUGAUAGAAAAAUUGGCAAAGUCUAAUUGGUUUUUCUUCUUAUAAGAAAAUUAGAGUAAGAAUUGAAGAUGCGAGGCUUGCUUUUUGCGUCAAUCGGCAGAAUUUCAAAUUUUUAGGAAAAAAGCGGAGGAAUUUGUAAAAUCCACUUUUUUUCAGCGAACAACGUGGGCCGGCAAAUGGUGGCCGUCUACCUGCAGGACGUGAACGACAACGGUCCGGAGCCGUAUACCGUCCCGAGGCCUUGUAUCUUCCGCGAAAACACGCCGGUCAACCAACUCGGCACCUGCGAGAUCCGUGCCACCGACAGGGACACGGGGUUCGAUCCGUUCUUCUCAAUCAAUCAAUAACUUUCUUUAAUCUACUUGUCAUGACCCUCUCCACGCCACAUCAUUUUUUUGUGCAAGAAGACCGUAUACCAAAUCGCUGCAACAUCUUUGUUUUUUGCAGUUUUGUAGAGCAAAAGUGCAAGAAAAAGCUGUGUUUACGGUAGCUAUUUUGACUCUGCUUUCAAGACAUGAUCGCCUCGGAACAUACGAUAGAAAGAAAUUUCGUUAGUUUCUUUAAAAGUAUCGGGCUUGCGUCUCAAAAAUUUAAAAAAAUGAAAUAUUUUUUUGACGCAGCGAAAAUUGGCGCCAAGGUUACAUACUGCUGGUAGAUUUUAAUUUUUCACAGAAUCCAUAUUUUUUUUUCUUAAAUAGUUUUACAAGCAAUUUUCAGAGAGUAUGGACCGCCGUUCACCAUGGAACUGUCGCCGAAUUUCAAAUACGGCCAGUACCUCAGCGUCAUCUUCAAUCCUAGUAUGUUCUCUCUAAUUUCUCUAAAGUUUAAGAUAUUUCAAGUUGUUUUCUUCAGUAAUCUUAAACUAGGUUUUUUUCCUGAUGGUAUAGUUUUCAUGUAAAAAGCUAAUUUCCAAAAUUAUUUCAAAAGGAGUUUUUAAAAACCAUUUUUCGCUUCGAAUUUCAUUGGUUUUUGUUGAAAAUUCCCAUCGCGUAAAAAGUCCUACAGUAAAAACUUCAUUAAAAACUUUUUCUGGAUAUUCUGAUUGAUGGUUCGUCAUUUUGAUUCCUACUUUUUCAUUAUAAGAUGAAAUAAUCGAGGUUUAUCAGUUAAUAAAGCUGCCUAGAAAUAAAUUCAACACAGUGAGUAAACAAUUUUCGGAAACCAUCAAAAAAUCAGAAUAAAUUUGAUCAUUUUUGCAGAUGGUGACGGCGGCAACGGGUCGAUGACGAUCACGCCGCUCCAACAGUUCGAUCGUGAAGCGCCGGUCCCCGGAAAGGUACAUUUAUUUCAGUAUUAUCCAGACUUUCAAUUGUUCAUUUUCAGAUCCUUGAAAUCCCACUUAAAUUGACGGAUCGAGCAGGAAAAACUAACUACGCUUCCGUGCACGUCAUCAUUGGCGACGUGGUGAGCCUUUCCCUCUAUUUAUUUUCAAAAAAAGAGGGCGGAAAUCUCUUUUGAUGUUCAAAUCAUGCGGACCAUUAUUUUUGCAUCUGUCUACCUGUCGCCCGCGAAAUCUCUUUUUUUUUUGCGGAUCGCCGUUUUGCUGCUGGUUUCGGCUUGUAAUUAGGCGUGUCACCUGGGAUUUUGUAGUGGAAUACAUUUUCAAAAAAUUGAGGUUUUGUGCCCAUUUUUACUUUUUUUUUUGCUGACAAAAAAUCAAGAAGAACAUGACGAUUUACGUCUUCUGGUAGAUUAACGCACACUAAUUGUUGAGGAUUAUCUGGUAGUUUUCCGCGGGAAACGUUCCUCAACAACUCGAAAGUUUAUACUUGAGAAUUUUUGGGUUCCAUAAUUCUGUUGUCCGGAAGGAAAACGCGAAAAGUAAAAUUUAUUAUUUCUAAACGGCAGAAAACUUGUGAAAUUUAGGAAAAUUCAAGUAUUUUUCGAUCUUGUUGCGAAAAAUAAGCUUUUUUUGAGCAAAAAUAAGCAUAUUUUUAACUUGUAAACUAUUUAUUGAAAAAAAGGUGUUUUUUUCAAAAGAAUUGUAUCAUCCUAACAAAUUAUUCAAGUAGAAGAAGGCAGGAUCUCAAAAAUCUUCUCAAUAACCGUAGGCUUCGGCUCUGGCCUUAUUUUGACCUGAUUCUUCACGACAGACGCUGCCUCACUUCCGUUGGACAUGUGCCUCUCUCUAAUUAGAUAAUUAGUGUUAUGGGAGGUCCUUGAACAAGGCGCCGCUUGCCGUGUUCCGCAUUAAAUUUCUCUCUUCGUUUGCAUAAUUAGUUCGAACUCGAAAAGUUUACUAUUUUUAUGAAAACUUGGGAGUGUGAGCUACAGAAAGAAUUUUAAGUUUGUUGAGUUCAAAUAAAAAUUUUGUCGACUCCAACUAAAUGAAAAAAAAAAUCAAGGGCAGAAAAUGAGGAAAAAGAGUAAGGAACUUAUAUCUUUCAAAUUGAAUUUUAUAAAGUUGGGAACUUGAAAUGCGGGAAGAAAUUUGAGUGAAGAAUGUUGAAAAAAAUGAAAAAAAAUUUUUUUAUGAAACGAUUUUUGAAAUAUGAAGAUCAAGACAAUUAUUCAAAAAAAGCUCUCGAGUUUGACCUACUUGAGACAGAUGCGAAACGUCUCCUAAUCCCAUUCUUCUGCCUCUCGUCACCCUUCUCCACUUGAAGACCUCACCAGUGCUUUUAAUUUGCAUCUUUUUUGGGUUAACCUAAGUCGCGCAAAGGGUCAAAAUAAAUAGAAGCAAAAUGUCGGUUUCAGAACGACAAUCCGAUGCACGACGGUCGGAUGACGAUCAAUGUGAACUCCUACUUGGGCCGUCUGAAGCAAACCGUCAUUGGUCGGGUCUACGUCGACGACGCCGACGAUUGGGACCUUCCUGAUAAGACUUUUACCUGGAAACAGUCACAGUCUGGUGAGUGUUCAGAUGAAUUAAAGCCUGGAAAUAAUCUAAAUGAAAAGCAGAUAAAUUUUUUUCAUUGAGAAAGUUGUAAUAUCUUAAAGUCCAUAUUUUCUAAGUAUUAGACUUUUUUUUUCUGAAAAAUUUUGAAAAAUUAGAAAAAAAAGUUAUCGUGGAUGGAUCUUCCCAAAAAAAAAACUAGAGCAAGAAUUAAAGUAGAACUUUCACAGGAAAUGUGAUCUAUUAAUAAAUAAAAACAUGCGGAUGAAAAAUGUUUUUUUAUGCCGUGUUCAAUUUGAAUCCGCGAAAUGCAAAAUACCCGUUAGAGAAAGGAAAAGAUCACUAGAUUUUGGAGAUUCAGAGAUCAUUUUGCAUUUCGCGGAAUCAAAUUGAACACGGCAUUAAUUCUAGAAUUUUUCGCCUCACAAUUGAAUAUUUCACUAAAUUUCAAAUUUUUGAGGCUUUGAACUGUCGCCGAAGGGAGACAUCACGAUGGACGCGAACAUGCCUCCGGGAACCUACCAAAUGUCGGCCAAUUGUCAUGACAAUGCGAGGAACGAAGACGCCGUCGGCUAUGUCACCGUCAUCGUCGCCGCUGUACCCCAAAUCGCCUUCGACAACCAGGUUUGAACCCGAAAAGCCAAGCAAAACACUCAUAUUUUGCAUCUCCAGGGAUCCGUUCAACUGCUCAUCGCUGAAGACACGCCGCUCCAAUUGCCCGACGACUUUAUCCGCAUCAACUCGAACGGCCAGAGCAUGAUGGACGUGUUCAAGUCGGAAAUGGUCGGCUACAUGGGCGGCGACGUCACCAUCGAUGUCUUCUCGGUCCAAGUCGGUAUCGCCACGCUGCAGACGCGAGAUGUGCCUGUUUUGAACGUGAGAUUCGACGCUCGAGGCACUGCCUACAGGUUUCAGAACAUUCUGAAGAUCUAUGAUCAUCUCUUCGUUUCAGAGACUCCGCCCAGCUGAACGGUCUGAUCUCGGCGCAUCGAGAUGAUCUGCAGCAGAAGCUUGGCGUCGAUAUUGUCGGCGUCGGAAUCGAUAUGUGCAAGUUCACGACGUGUGAUGCUGGAUGCCAGACUUUGAACUCGGCUGAUUAUGUACGCGUUUUGAAAAUUUGGGUAUAUGAUAAUCGCGCUGCGAAAAUCGAGCCGCCAUUUCUACAGCGCGAGACGAACAGAGAAAAAUAAAUAGUGUAAAAAAUCGAGGCUCGAUUUUCGCAGCGAUUUUCAAAUACCCGAAAAUUUUAAAUGAACGGAAAAAUAUUGGAAUUUUUAUAGAAGAUUUUCAAGUGAGACCUUUUUGCGCUUUUUGAGUUUUUGAAUUUCUUUAGCAUUUGUUUUCACUGUUUUACAAUUUUUCCUUUUUCAAUUCAAACGACACUUAAAAAUGAACUUUUUUUACUCUCACUAGGGCUCUCAGCUUGAUGGAACUUCUGAUUAAGCAUAGAUUCAAGGGAUGAAGGCCCAAUAUGAACUAAAAUUUCUUUUCCAGUUAGUUUAUGGAGAUUGAAAGUUUGUUUUUACAGGACGGAAUUGUUGUCUCUGCCAACAGCACAGUUAUCGUCGGCGUUAACGCUACUUCUCGGGACGACUGUACCUGUCCGGUUUGGAGAGCUCCGCCGGCCUGUCAGCACUCCCUCUGCCACAACGACGGCGUCUGCCACAACACAAAUCCUGGAUUCUUGUCAGUUUUCACCAGUCGAACUUUUCAUUUUGCUUUUUGUUUUCCAGCUGCGAAUGCCGCAACGACGCUCUGAAGGGAAUGCGAUGCCAGGGAACGACACGAUCCUUCUCCGGAAAUGGAUUCGCCUGGUACAAACCGAUGCCCGCCUGCACCAGCCUGAACAUCUCCUUCAGCUUCAUGACCAUGUCUGAAACAUUCUGUCAGUUCUCAUCUCCAACUGGGCUUUCAGGCAAUCCGACGCGCUAUUGUUCUACAACGGACCAAUGGACACUGGAAGCAGCGGCACGCAGAUUGAGUAUUCGGACUACAUCUUCAUCCAACUUCGCGCCGGCCGUGUCUAUCUUGAGCUGUCGAUGAACGGACAGGGCAAGAACAGCCUGGAAGUGGCGUCGUCGGCGCUCAACGACGGAACUUGGCACGAUAUCGCCGUUACGCAAAACGGAAAGGUAAAGCAGAUGUCUAUUGCGAAGCAGUUGAAAGAAGAAAAUAUGAACGUCGAAAAAGUGAGAUUCAUAUUUUCAAGAGAACACUAAAAAUCAUCACCUAAUUUCAAUUAAGUGAUCGCUGGAUGUCUUAGAAUCCGCUUAAGGGAAGGACGUCUGACGUGUGUGUAAGAGAAAAACCUAAAAGAAAAAAUGUAAAAUUUUCUUUUCGAAAUAUCUUUAAAAAUCAUUUAUCACAUUUAUAUGAAGUUUUUUUCGUUUUUCCUCAAAAAUGUUUGAUAGUUUUUCAUUCAAGCUAACUUUUUAAAAAAAAAUGAAAUUUUCGCUCGUACUAAGGAACGAACAGUAAAGUUGUACUAUGUAGGAUUACUAAUUAACGAAUCUAAAUAAGGUCAGAUGUCUUUAUGAAAUAGGCGGAUUAGUGUGGUUCAAAACGGUUUCUGUCCACUUUUUGCGCGGCGAGCGACCUAAAUUAACGACGUGUAAGUACGUGGGAAUGUUUACGGAUGAACCCACUCGACUACUCGACGACGACGCAACGUUACUUAGCGCCCAGAGACUAUUUGCAUAAUUGUGGGUCCGAGACUCCUUGAGUUUUCCGGUUGACAUGAUGUGCUGCCUUCGAUUAGGCUCCUCGUCUGGCAUAACUAAAUUACGCGUGUUGCGUGAUUCCAUGCUUUCACGGGGCUAUUAGCUAAUUUCAUGAGUUUUGAAGUAUUUGGUGAUUCUAAAUAGGUGGAAAAUUUCAGCCUAGAACUUCAAAGUUUGAAGUAACACCUACAAGGGAAUUCGGUUUCACAUGAGCUCUUGAAGUAGUUUCAUUAUCAAGAAUCUAGUUAUCUCUUUAGAGGACUAAUGAAUAGUUAGAGUUGUUACACGCACAAAAUAGAAUAAUUAGAGUAAUGACUUUUCAAAAUUCAACGGCAAACUUACAAGCUCUACUUCAUUAUAAUGUUUGCAGCAUGUGGAGCUGGUUGUGGACUCUUGUCGAUUCCUCGGCAUGGGAGCUGACGAUUCGACUUGCCGCGCCGAACUCUACACUCCAGAUGACGACGAACGUCUCAAUAUAGUGACACCUGUUCAGAUUGGAGGUAAAAUACGAGUCCUCGAACCUUUUUUCGGAAAACCUUGCAGAAAAAAUGUAUUUUAAACGAGUCUCCAUAACAUUCUUAUUAAUUCAAUCUCCAACAACUAGUUUCAGGCCUUGCGCCGCUCUCCGGCCAAGAAUACCCGCUGACAGUGCCGAAGAACGGUCUGAACGGCUGCGUGCGCAACCUCUACGUCAACGGCGACCAGUACGACCUGGCGACGCCGGCCUUUGAAUCCAACUCGGAGCGUGGCUGCCGUCUGUGGGGAUCGACCUGCGACAGCAACUCGGUGGAGUCACUGCAGCACUGCGUCCACGGAGACUGCUUCGCCGACGUCCAGGUUCACUUCACCGUUUCGCGAGACAUUCUUGACAACAACUUUUUCAGGGAAGCACGGCGAUGGUGGCCAAGUGUGUCUGCGAUCCUGGAUGGGGCGGCGCGAGGUGCGACCGGAAGAUUGAGUGGAUUCAGUUCCAGCCUGGAGGCUUCGUGGACUACUCACCGAGAAUCGCGUUCCCGGAACAGGUGAGAAGGAGGAAUCAAGCGGGAAAAUAUUCGAUUCGUUUCAGGUCAACGAUAUCGAGCUUUUGUUCAUUCCGGGACGUGUCAACGGUGCCGCAGAGCUCUCCUAUGGAACUGACUCUCAACAGGUAUUUCAAUUAAUAAACUACAAAAAAAUUUCUUUCAAAGUUAAAAAAAGUAUUCCAAAACUUCGAAGAGCAUCCGGAGUGAAGCUUUCUGUUUAGAAAAAGUCGAAAAAAAAACGUCAAAUAGUUUUUUUUGUUUGCAUUUUUCAGCUUCCAGCAUUUGUCAGCUUAAAUUAAUAAAUUUUACUACUUUAAACUCGCUUUUAACUUGAAGACAAUCCUACUGUAAUUCUUGUAUUUUUCAGAGCUACGUCUCGACCUCCCUCGAGUCCUCCUCUUACGGAAUCAACGCGGCGUCCAAAUUCGACCUCGGCGCCGCCGGCAUCCGCUCUCAGCAAGAUCUCCGAGUGACCGACGUGAUCCUCAAGGAAAAUGCUAGCUACUGGAUGCAGUUCACGAGGAAUCCGACGAGGUGAUUCAUUCUGAUAAAAAAGAACGGUUGUAAUAUUUUUUCUCGUUCAGGGCAAGCCUCGCCAUCGAUGGCGCUUACGCUGUUUCUCAACAACUUCAACGAGGACAGCCAUUCUCCUUGCAAGUGAACCAGAUCAUGCUCGGCACUCAGGGCAAGGGCUUCCAGGUAAUUUUUGUGACUUUUUUAGUUAGUGUUUUUUCAGACCUCUUUAGUUAGAGUGAUUUGAACUCAAAAUCGUUACAGGGAUGCGUUGGCACGUACCGCUGGUCGAAGCAGAAUCUUCCGCUGCGAAGAAGUGCGCUCGACGAAUCUGAAGAAGCGAUCGUAACGAUAACCAACGUCGGAGGAGUUCGAGAUGGUUUGUGUCGACUUUUCAAGCUUCUGAGAAUCAUGUUGGAAAAUUACAGGUUGCGACCUGCGAAUCACCUGUGCAGACCUUCCCGUCGGCUACUGCGGCGGCUCUUUUGCCUGCGUCGACUUCUGGAAAGGCCCAUUCUGCACGUGUCCCGAUGGCGCGAACGCCAUCAUCGGCGAAGACGGACAGGUCGUCGGCUGCGGCGCCACUCUGGCCGUCUCCAAGCUCGGCAUCAGCUCUCCAGCCAUUAUCCUCAUCCUCGUCUCUCUCAUCCUACUCAUCAGUCAGUCAUUAUAACCCUCAAUCUUGCUUCAAUUUAUGAAUAUUCAGUGCUUGUCCUGCUGAUGGUUGUUUACACCCGACGGUCUCCCGCGCCUUUCGAGACGAUUCGCCCUGACGAACUGAAUAGAGACAACCUCCGGCCGUAUGCCGUUGAAGGCGGCGGUGAAGCUGAUAAUGAUCAGGUUGGUAGAUUGGAAAGAAGCUAUACAGAAAUCGUUAGUGUUUUUUUUUUUUUGAAUAUUUAUCUUCACCUGCCUCUUCCUAGUUUGUUUCUGACUGAAAUUUCACAAAAAGCUAGAAAAACCUAUUGUUACUUUUUGAUUUCCUGCCGUCUUUAUAAAGAACCGACCUGUAUGCACUGAACUUUCAUAUACAAAAAUCAUUUUUGAAAUAUUUUAUUCAACAAAGCGUCGUUACAGUACUCGAUCGCGAACCUGCGGAAGCCGGUUAUGCCUCUGGACACAGGACUCGGCGGACCAGCGCCGCCUCUCUACCCGCCGCGAGGAGGUCCCAAGCCAGACGACGAGCUCAACUCGAAGAUCAAAGACCUGGAAACGGACCAGAACGCAGCUCCUUACGACGAGCUCCGCAUCUACGACGACGAACGCGACAACGUCUCUGUCGUCACUCUGGAAAGCAUCGAAAGCGCCCAAUGA